AUGACUAUGAUAAGCGAACGGCUGUCAAAAGUCCUCCUGAUCGCAGGACUGUGGUACUCGACCGCAUCAGCUCAGUCGAACAACUCGUCAACAGUCUACAAGACUCGCUUCGACGGGGUGACUUGGGAUGCCGCAAACUGGGUCCUUACCACUACCGAACUCGAUCAAGGCCACUACCAGUCUCGAGCCACAGUUGCCAAUGGCUACCAUGGCAUCAACGUAGCUGCUCUUGGACCAUUCUUCGAAGUCGAUACCCCCGUGGCAGGCGACGACAUCAACGGCUGGCCGCUUUUUGGUCGACGGCAGACAUUCGCGACAGUCGGCGGCUUCUGGGAUUCGCAACCAAAGCUUAACGGCACCAAUUUCCCUUGGCUGGAUCAAUAUGGCUGGGACACCGCAAUCAGCGGCAUUCCGCACUGGGGCGGCCUUGUCGUCGAUCUUGGUGGCAGUAAUUUCCUAUCCGCCUCGACCAACAAGUCAACCAUUAGCAAUUUCAAGUCCAGUUUGGACAUGAAGAAUGGUCUGCUGAACUGGGCGUUUACCUGGACUCCUCGUGGUGACCAUGGCUCGUUCAACGUCUCGUAUCAGAUGUUUGCACACAGACUCUAUGUCAAUCAGGGAUUUGUCACCCUCAACAUCACAGCCUCCAAGGCCACCAACGUCAGCAUUGUCAACGUUCUCAACGGAGACUGUGCAGUUCGAACAACCCCCGGCCAAAACGGCGUCGACUCCUCGAACCCGGACCUCAUAUUUUCAUCGGUCUCCCCCAAUGGUAUCAGCAACGUGACCGCCUGGGUAUAUGCAGCAGUGUCCCACAGUGGAGCUAGCGUCGACUCCAACCAGUCGAGUUCCGUGGACCGGCCAUACGUUGGAAACAAUGUUUCGUCUAUUGCUCGCGCUUACCAGACCAGUCUCGAGGCUGGGAAGGUGGCAACCUUUACGAAAUUUGUCGGUCUUGCAUCAUCUGACGGCUAUGCCCGACCGCGUGCUGUUGCUAGAGACGCAGCACUAAAGGCAGCAAGUACUGGCUACAGCGAGUCGUUGCAGAGCCACACUGAGGAAUGGAACACCAAUUUCCCCACUAGUUCAGUCGAUGAUUUCUCCUACCCGGAGAACGGAACACUACCGGACGAUCCGUACAUCGUCGAAGCGGCUAUCGCAGCAGUGGCCAAUCCAUACCAGCUGCUUCAGAACACCGUAUCCGAGAAUGCUAUCCUCGCGUCCAACAAUGCUUCGAUCAACAGCCACAGUAUUGCCGUGGGUGGGCUGGGAUCAGACUCCUACGCAGGACAGAUCUUCUGGGAUGCCGAAAUAUGGAUGCAACCUGGUCUUGUCGCAUCUUUCCCAGCAUCAGGACGAGGCAUCGCGAACUACCGAGUUGAAAGAUACCAGCAAGCCCUCGCAAACGUCAAAACGGCAUACCAGUCGUCGCAAAACAACACCAAUUUCUCCAGCAACGCAGCCAUCUUCCCCUGGACGAGUGGCCGUUUUGGAAAUUGCACCGCGACCGGCCCCUGCUUCGACUACGAGUACCACAUUAAUGGCGACAUCGGUCUAGAGUUCACAAACUACUGGGUUUCGUCCGGAGACACGUCUUUUUUCCGCGACUCACUCUUCCCGAUAUUUGACUCGGUCGCAACCCUCUACUCCGAAUUGCUUGUCAAGAACGGCACACGCUGGGCUCUCGAGAAUAUGACCGACCCCGAUGAAUAUGCCAAUCACGUCGACAACGGUGCCUUCACUAACGCCCUGAUAAGCCAGCAUCUCAGCUAUGCCAACGACUUCCGUGCCAUGUUCAAUGGGACACCCAACUCGACGUGGGACUCACAAGCCGACAACGUCAUCAUCGCACGCGACGCUGAAGCCGAGAUAACGCUCGAAUACGUGGGCAUGAACGGCAGUGUUGAGGUAAAGCAAGCCGACGUGAUCUUGAACACCUUCCCCUUGGGCUUCACGGGUCAGAAUUACACGGCCGAUGACAGCCUGAGUGACUUGGACUACUACGCGGCAAAGACGUCCAUAAGCGGCCCUGCGAUGACAUACGCCAUUUUCAGCAUCAUCGCGAACUCGGUGUCCCCGUCCGGCUGCUCAUCGUACACGUACCAACAGGCGUCGACAUAUCCAUACGUGCGAGGGCCGUGGUUCCAGUUCUCGGAACAACUUGUCGACAACUAUCAGGAGAACGGCGGCACGCAUCCGGCGUACCCGUUUCUGACGGGCCACGGCGGGAGCAAUCAAGUCGUCCUAUUCGGAUACCUUGGUCUCCGCCUCGUUCCUGACUUUUAUCUUCACGUCGACCCAAGUCUUCCUCCGCAGAUCCCGCAGAUAAAGUACCGCACGUUCCACUGGUACGGCUGGCCGAUCAGUGCCUUUUCCAACCAGACGCACACUGUGCUUUCUCGAGGAGACGUCCAGCCCGCCGAGGGCGCCGUCCCGAACGCCACGUUCGCCGACAGCCCGAUCCCCGUGCUCGUGGGCACCGUUGGCUCCGAGCCCAGAGCCCGACUCAGUCUCGCGCCCAACAGCAGUGUCACCAUCGAAAACAGGCAGAUUGGCCUCAUCAAGACGACGCAGGACAAUAUCGCACAGUGUCUCCCUGCCACGUCUCCGGAUGACUAUCUGCCAGGCCAGUUCCCCAUCGCGGCCGUCGACGGCGCAGCGAGCACAAAGUGGCAGCCCGCCUUGGCGAACAAGACGGCCAGCGUCACCGUCACAUUGCCACUGGGAUACCGUGUGCGCGCGGUGCAGUUUGACUGGGCACAAGCGCCGCCGUGGAACUACACUGUGCUCUUCCACAACGAAACGCUGGCGAAUCCGAGUGCCAUCGGCGCGAGCUCAGCGUCUCCCGGCGUGGUGACAGUCGCCAGCGACGACCACGUGAGGAUCAACAACGCGUACAACGCGACCGAGAUUGUGGACAUCGGCCCGCUCGAGAGCAACAUUACGACCUUCACCGUACCCAGUGGCCAGACGGUGUACACGGCGAGGUACGCCACGUUGCAGAUCUGGGGAAGUCUGGCGAACGGCACAUUGAACGCGAAGAAUAUGGCUGGCGAAGGCGCCACGGUCGCCGAGUGGAGCAUCAUCGUCGACGACACUGUUGGUGAGAGUGAGGGUCCGGCCGACAAGAAGAGGGAUUUGGGCCCAACAUCGGAGAAGGAGAAGAAGAUGAUCGAGACGAGGAAGGUUAAAAAUAACAACGCGGAUGUGUUGUUGAAGUUGGGCAGGGUGGCGAGGUACGAGUACAUGGAACGACGGAAGAGGAUGGAGAGGUCAACCAGAUGA